AUGACCAAAGAUGACGACGACGAGGCGUUGCGGCGUCGUGGACGCACGCGCCCUCGUCCACAUUCAUCUACUUCCAAUGCAUAUAAGCAAAAUUCUUUGGAAUCGACUAAUCGUCCGCUUCCACGACCAUCCAAGAUGAAGAUGGCGUCGCUUAUGGCUGUGGUAGACGACGAAAGUAAGAGCACGCGAGUCAAACUUGACGACCAACAUUCUGAAGGAUGGACAAUCCACAAUGCGCCAAUCAGCAUUAGUAGCCUUACUAGCAACACGGAAUCUCCAGCUACGUCGCUUUUUCAAAAGGAAAUGCCGACCAUCAUUCCGACGUUUAGUCGCGAAGGUACUCACACGAAUGGAGAGCGCAAGCGAGUAACUAGUGGAGACGCGGGUCCAGCUGUCACGCGCUCUAUGUUGGAUGUUUACUUUCCGUCUUGUAGGAACGAGACGAAUGGAUCAAGUGGCAACAGAUCGUUAAAGAGAAAGAGAAGAAGCGGACGACGCGAUGAAGUUGUGGCGGAUGUGGAUUUACUUAGAUUUGGGAUCGAUUCAACAAAGCUUGUGCCACAAGGUCUUGUAGAUCGCGUGGACGUUUAUAUGAGCCGCGCGGUACUCGUUAAAGUCGUAGGAAAUCACGUGAAUUAUUGGUGCAGUUGCUCGGGUUUUUCGUCUCGUUUCUUGCAGGAACUUAUAACACUUUUGGCUGCAUACUACCCGUGCAGUUAUCCAACGUUAUUGGACGAAGUACUUGCGGGCUUUCUAUUCAGAAGACCAGAGUUUAUGGACGCUUUGUUACCUGCAAUGAUUGAUAAAAUGACCAAAGCCAGUGAGUCUGUUACGACUACUAAAUACCCGGUAGCAGACGCGCUCGCGAGAAAGUGUAGCUCCACUUCAGUGAGAACGAAGCUACAGGUGGUACGUCAUGACUUGGCGUGCAGAACUCUUUUACGGUGUUUGGUAGAACGCAAUGGUGAGAUGUUUUCCCUCAGUCCUUGGCUUGCAGCGUGCGCGGUUGAAUCGAGUGACUCAGUCCUCCAGGUUUUGUGGAGAGCGCUUUUGUCGUUUAUAGAUACAAAGUUCGACUGGCAAAUAAAUGAUCCGAAUCAGCAGAUAAUGGAGCUUUUGGCUGAAGAAGGCAAACUUCGCGUGUCUCGGAUCACUUGUGCGUUUGUGAAGGUGAUAAUAAGUGACGAUGCAUUAAGGAAUAAACUUGUCAACUCUCAGUCAAAAUUGAUCUCGGACUGUUUAGAAAGAGCCUUUAAGUACGCAAGCACGACCUGGAGCUCGUCACUUUUGGCAGAAUGGUUGGAACGAAGACGAAAGCAACAGAGUACGAAUUUGGUCGCUGAGGAUCUGAAAAACUUGGUGACGUUUCUUGCUCGCUUUACUUCGAAAUUGAGCGUCAAGAAUCCAGAAUGGUUUGUCAAGCAUGUGUUGAAUUUCAUUUUGUCUUCUUAUUGCCAUGAAGCAGAGCAAACAAUAGUUUUGCGUGUAAUUUUAUAUGAUCACAUGUCGAUCGUGUUUGGUGGGGUUUGCGCUCAAAUGAGCACAUACAACAGUUUGAUUGACGCAUCAAACCUUACUAGCACUCGGGCAUUGGACAAUUUUGAUUUUGUCGAAGGCCAAUCAACGAUAGACACUCAGCGUCAAUUUGAGCUGUUAAUCGGCGGUUUGAGAGCUGCCAAUGAUUGCACAAGUGCAUUAUUUGUCGAUAUCUGGAUUGAAUCCUGGUCUGGCGAUAGAAUAAACAUCCCUUGGAGUUGCAUGUUUGCUCUGGUUUCCUUGAUCGUACAAGAAACUGUGGACGACCAAAGUGAACUUGGUCAAAAGAUUCAAAGCCUGACGAUACAUGUUUGCCGGUCGUGCUUUCGCCAAAUUAAAAAUCAUGUAGCUAACCACAAGUCACGAAGCGAAAUUGCUAUCAGGUAUUCCGAGGCGUUGAAUCUUCUGAUCCCAUCUUCUUGCCCUGCGGCCAGGAGUUUGCUCCAUGAGGUUUUGGAGGCCCUUGUAGAUUCAGGCCUGGAAGACUCGGCUAUAAUUUUUGGUAAAGUCGUCGUUUCACACCUCGACAAUUGUGAAGACGCUGACGUGGGCAGCAUCGUGAAGCGAUGUGCUGUACAAAAGUCAUUUGUAGAAAAUGACCGCACUUUAGCCAAUGCUUCCGCAUCAACAACUAUUAUUCUUACAACGAUUCAAACUCUAGCUUCGGCAAAGACCAGUGCAGGCGAUCUGACUAGACGAGUUCUUUCCACUGGACCUGUACUGCGCUUGUUGGUGCGAUUGUUAAAUUUUGGACGACGGAGACGUCGACAGGAGAUGAUCUUGGAUGUAAUGAAUGUUGUCUUGAGCUUGAAUUCAUCGACGAGACUUAGCCGAAAUUGGUUACGCCAGCAUGUUGUGCACGAACUUGUGCAUUGCGCGUAUACAGGCCCACCUUCGUCCGCUAGGAGAGUGUUCGCAUUGUUACAAAAUAUGCAUCGAUUUGGUGAUAGUAUUCAGGCCUUAUUGUGGGCGGUCUUAGAGCAGUGUACAAAGCUGGAUUUCAGACGCAAAGUCAUGGAAUGUAUUGUCCAGUCAUCAUUUUUACCCAACUGUUAUCAUGAAAGGGCUGACACGUUUGCCGAACUAAUCAAGACAAUGAUGGAUAAUCUCCAUGCAACCUUAAUGUGUAAAGUACUCAACUUUGUGGAGCAGAAGCUUACAUCGUGUUAUGAUGGAAAGACGCGAAUAAAUUUGUUUUUAUUGCUCCUACUCCAAAAACUCGUCGCCUGCGAGAUUCAGUGUGAUGUUUUUCUACCAGUUGUACAAUUAGCUAUUUGUCCUCUGGCACCUUCGGAUCAAGAUAGACUAUGUCUAAUCAGGCUGCAGAUGUUAAAGGCAUUCUGCAAUCGAUUGAUUGCUACCAGUCAUCGCCCGGAUAUGUCAACGGCUUCAAGCAGGAACCGCUGCGAUGAUCUGUCGUGCGUGUACACUAUUGGCUCAGAGCAUUUUAACUUGCACACACCAACUCAGAAACCAGAGCAUUAUAGACGAAAAGGACAGGGCUCGAAGGAUACUGAAGAAGACAGAAUGAAAUAG